AUGACCACACCAAAAUCAAUUUUGAGACCACAGAUAAAAAAACUAAUACGCCAAAUUCCACAGGCUUCUCUUGACCAUCAAUCUCAACUAAUCCUGGAUGCCUUAAAACCCGCUUUACAGCCACAUCUCUCUGUAGCAUGCUUCAUGGACAUGGGUCGCGGCGAAGUACGAACUUUGCCCAUAAUAAGUCACUUGUUUGAGGCCCAUAAGCGAGUGUAUUUGCCGAGAUGUACCGACACCAAGACCAGUGGGCAUCCAGUGUUGAGGGGUGGAGUGGAUUCUCAUCCCCAUCUCACGUUUCAUGAAAUGCGAAACAUGGCGCAAGUGGAGGCUCUAAAGCCACAGGGUAAAUAUCAGCUACUAGAACCACCUCUUGAAGAGCCUCAUCCGCACCCACCAAAGCUUGAUGUGGUGUUGGUUCCAGGUGUAGCUUUCUGUGUCAAAACGGGGGCAAGGAUGGGCCACGGCGCUGGGUUUUACGAUGAUUUCAUUCACCGCACAUUGCAAAAGCACGGUAAGCGACCCUUACUAGUUGGACUAGCGCUUCAAGAGCAGGUCGUUCCACAUGUCCCUACAGAGCUUCACGAUCACCACAUGGACGCCAUUGUGUGUGGCGACGGCACAAUACACUGGAUUGGAAACAACCAUUGA